AUGCCACGACACCAGGUGCUGCUGGUGCUGUGCGCCGAGGACCAAGAGUGCAAGCCGCUGCCCAACGGCGUGCUGGCCUGCGCCGAUAUGUGCAAGUGCGCUGCGUACGAGCUCUGCGUGCCCGUCGCCCUCGACUGCGGCGCACCGUGCCACCCAAUCAUGCAGUGCGUUUACAACCGAGCGACCACGCCAGUGCUGCCGCUCGACGAUGCGACGCCGUGA